AUGAAGCUGUACUAUCUGACUUAUUUCAAGAUGAGGCUUAGGACAUCCAGAUUAGGUUACCUGUUACUCCAGUUCACGGCGCUCUGCUAUUCUGCACAGAACACCGUGCAGUCCCCUCCUAAUUUCAAGCACCAUGUCACCGAGCAGAGCAGGCUGUCGGACCGGAUGAGCCGCAGGUUGACUCGGACCUACCAGCUGUACAGCCGGACCAGCGGCAAACACGUCCAAGUCCUGGGCAAUAAGAGAAUCAACGCCAACGGGGACGACGGGGCCGUGCACGCAAAACUGGAGGUGGAGACCGAUUCAUUUGGAAGUCGUAUUCGCAUUAAAGGGUCGAAGACAGGAUACUACAUAUGCAUGAACAAGAAGGGGAAGCUGAUCGGAAAGCGCAAGGGACGUGGCAAAGACUGUAUUUUCACGGAGAUAGUUCUGGAAAACAACUACACCGCACUCCAAAAUGCCAAGUACGAAGGCUGGUACAUGGCUUUCACGCGCAAGGGGCGUCCACGAAAGGCUUCCAGGACCAAGCAGCACCAGAGAGAGGCCCACUUCAUGAAGCGCCUACCAAGGGGCCAUUUGCUGAGUGAAAAGAGACCAUUUGAUGUUCUUCCUCUCCCUGUUCCUGCGCACCCCGUGAGCAGGAGGACUAAACAUUCCCACCAUCAAUGA